AGAUCUGCCCCCCCCCCCCAACACACACCCUCAACCCGACCCUUUGGUGGAUCAGCACCUGAUGCAACAACUAUCUUUUAUUUAGAUCUAGAUCUACAUCCUCCAACAAUGUUGACGUGGCGGAGACCUGUCUAAAAUUAAUACCCUUCUGUAGCCUAGCAGUAUAAGGCCUACAUAGUGUUGGCCCAAGUUAAUUAAUUACAUGAAAAGAAGUGUAUUUUACUCUGCUCCGUUUUCUACACUUGGGAGUCUUGUUAGAAUUUGAAUGGAGAACUUUCCCAGGGUGUUUAAGACGAGAAAGUGCUUAUGUCUGUGGAUUUCCUUGAAGUCGAGUUGAUGAAAGACAGUAUUCUGCCUGAGACCCUGAAAGCAUGGCGUUCAGAGGGUAUUUUCGUGCCAGCAAAAAGUACUGCUUAGCUGUCCUGGUGGUAGCUUCUCUCAUCUCAUUUAUUGCUUUCACCUUCAUGACCAGUACGAGGGCUGCAGUCUCAAAAGAUCAAUUAACUGAUGACCAUGAGGCUUUAAAAAAAAUUGUGUUUGCAAGCAAAAAGCAUCUUCCACUGAAAGAUGCGAAUUCAGUCUAUAAUGUUCCUCCUAAGAAUGCUGAUUCCACAAAAGACUUUUCCUCAUUUGGAAAAGAUGACCAGAUAUCUGACAAAGAAGUCCAGGUAGCUAAAGAAGAACCUGGUUUAUCUGAAGAAGGACAGGUAACCAACUUCUCCCGCAAGUCACGCCCAUUUGUAGACUUUGCUGUGCACAUAUUUUACUACCCGUGGUACAAAAACCCCCAGACAGAUGGGAAGUAUGCACAUUGGAACCAUGAACUGAUCCCUCACUGGAGUGACAAAACACAUACGAGAAAGAGACAGUAUCAGCCACCUGCAGACAUUGGAGCCAAUUUCUAUCCACAACUUGGUCCAUACAGUUCAGCAGAUCCUCAAGUUAUCAAAAUGCACAUGAAACAAAUCAGUGAUGCUGGUGUUGGGGUUCUCUCUGUGUCUUGGUACCCUCCACAACAUGAAAAGUCCUCAGAGACUCCAGUAGAUUCUUUGAUGCCCUCAUUGCUGGACGCCGCAGCAGACUAUGGGCUGAAGAUUGCUUUCCACAUAGAACCUUACAGUGAUCGGAGUGGAGAAACUUUGAAAGAAGUUCUUACUUACAUCAUUGUGAAAUAUGGAAACCACCCUGCAUUUUAUCGCACUCAACAUAAAGGCAAACAACUUCCUCUGAUUUACUUGUACGACUCAUAUCAAAUUGACUCAAAGCUGUGGGCAGAUGCACUGAAGGCUGACGGUCGCUUCACUAUAAGAGGCACUGAGUAUGAUGCUGUUGUCAUUGGCUUGUUGGUCGAACACAAUCACAUGAAGCAUCUUGUUCAGUCGGGCUUUGAUGGUUUCUACACUUACUUCGCCAGCAAUGGGUUCUCUUAUGGAUGUACCUGGCAUAACUGGCCCCUCUUGGCCAAGGAAGCGAAGGAUCACAACUUGAUCUUUAUACCAAGUAUAGGGCCGGGUUACAUUGACACCAGAGUAAGGACGUGGAAUGGCAAGAACACCAAGCUUCGCCUGCACGGCAAGUACUACACAUCGGCCUUCAAGUCUGCCCUGGCAGUGAAGCCUCCGUUUUUGUCCAUCACUUCCUUUAAUGAAUGGCAUGAAGGUACUCAGGUGGAAGCAGCCAUUCCCAAAACUGGCAAUGAUGGCUACAAAUACGAAGAUUACCGACCAGGUAAUCCUCAGUUCUAUAUGAACUUAACCAAGCAAAUUGUUCAUGAAUAUUACCAGAAUAGAACAGCAGUGCAUGUUAUUAAACAUAAUCAUGAUGAUGUGUUCUAAGAAAAAAGUGAGCUUAUUUGAAGUGCCAUUUGUUGUCAGGUUGUAAAUCACUCUUAGCAGGAGGUGCAGCCCCUGUGAUUGAAGGGUUUUUUUCUUUUUGCUCCACAAUGCAGUCUCCAAAUAUGAGGCAUCACAGUGAAAUUAGGCGCUCGUCAAAAUAAUGUAAUCAAAGAAACUGGCAUUUUUCUGGCCUCUGGGCCUUUUUUAUCGAAUUUCUUUUUUUAGCUCAACACCUGUUAUGUCCAUUUAAAAACUCAUUUGUGUGGAUUUUACAGAAAAAUGUUGAUUAAAUGCGC